AUGCAGUUCCAUGUCAUCGAACUGGAAAAGUUUCUUGCCGAUCAAACAAUCGUCAGGAAGUCAACGCAGCACAACAUCAACUUCCUCGAAUCCAUCGUUGUUCGACUACAGAGACUUGCUGCGAAGUCCAAAAUUACCAAGGUCGACAUAGAAGGACUCAUAAAAGCCCACCAAUUAAAAGUCUCAAUGGGAAAGAAGGACCUGGAGGCAGUUUUGAUCAAACAGCGUAGCGCCACGGCACAGAUCUCCGAUCACACGAACAAUAACUCAAACAUCCGCAGAAAUAUCAGUGCCAGUGCCGCUUUCCGCAGUAUCGUCGAUGAUCUGGAUGUCAUCGUACAUGCUUUGCAAGAGUCCCUGGCGCCUCCAACUCUUCAUGCCCAGGACAACGCCCGGCUUCGCUCAAUACUUGUUUCGAAGGAGGCAGAGAUUUCACUACUGCAGCAGGAGAUCGCGGAGUUGAAGGUGUGCUCCUACGGUCUAGCCAUCUGCUUGUGA